AGAAGAAGAGAGAGAAUGUUAUUUAAAAAGAAAGGCUGUUAUUUGAAAAAUGAUGUUAUUUCCAACGAAAAAAACGUCGUUUCGUUUAUCUGCCGCGAAAACAAAAAAAAUCAAAAAUUGCGUUUUCCAGAUGCAUAGGCGAUGGAUCAGACAACCAGACUUGCCAAAGCUCUGUUGAACAACUCCAACAAUCCAAAACUCGCAUGGCAAAUCUUCAAGCGCAUUCUCUCCUCUCCCACGUCUUCCUCUUCUUCUUCUUCUUCUUCUUCCUCCCAUCUCCAUCUUCGCUCCCUAUCCGUCGUAGCUCGCAUCCUCAUCGACGCCAAAAUGCACUCCGAAAUCGAUACCCUCCACCACCUUCUUCUCUCCUCCGACCCCAUUGAAGCGGCACACUCUCGUCUUCUCUCCCUGGUCCGAAUCUUGGCCAAAUCGGGUCUCUCUGAUAAAGCUGUUUCCCAUUUCAAAUCCCUUCGAGCCCGUUUUCCCGAUAAGCCUACUUCAGUUUACGUGUAUAAUCUACUCCUUGAGUCCUCUCUUAAGGAGAAAAACGUAGAUUCUGUGUCUUGGUUGUAUAAGGACAUGAUACUUUCUGGGGUUAAUCCAGAAACUUAUACUUUCAACCUUUUGAUUUGUGAGCUGUGUGAUUCGGGUCGUGUAGAUGAUGCCCGUGAGAUGUUCGAUAAAAUGCGCGAGAAGGGUUGUGAGCCGAAUGAGUUUAGUCUUGGGAUUUUGGUACGUGGUUAUUGUAGAGCUGGACUUGCUAAUCAAGGAUUGGAGCUUUUGGAUGCCGUGAGAAAUGUUAUUUCUCCAAAUAGGGUUGUUUAUAAUACUUUGAUUUCUAGUUUUUGUAAGGAAGGUAGGACUGAAGCAGCUGAGAAAUUGGUAGAGAGAAUGAGAGAUGAUAAUAUACUUCCAGAUGUUGUUACUUUCAAUUCUAGGAUAUCAGCACUCUGUAGCUCAGGGAAAGUUCUUGAAGCUUCUAGAAUUUUUAGGGAUAUGCAUAUUGAUGAAGAAUUAGGGCUCCCAAGGCCUAAUUUGGUAACAUAUAAUUUGAUGUUAGAGGGAUUUUGCAAAGAAGGAAUGUUAGAAGAAGCAAAAACACUGUUUGAAUCUAUGAAAAAAGAUCCUGAUUUUGUGAAAUUGGAGAGUUAUAAUAUAUGGUUGCGGGGUUUAGUGAGGAACCAGAAACUCUUAGAGGCACGAUUGAUUCUUAAAGAGAUGAUAGAUAAAGGAAUAGAACCCAGUGUCUACUCAUAUAAUAUUGUUGUGGAUGGGUUAUGCAAGAACGGGAUGCUAUCAGAUGCGAGAGUGGUAAUGAAUUUGAUGAUAAGCAGUGGAAUUCCUCCUGAUACAGUAACUUAUACUACCUUGCUCUGUGGGUACUGCCGAAAAGGGAAGGUAUUUGAAGCCAACAGCAUUCUGCAUGAGAUGAUGAUGAAUAAUUGUCUUCCAAAUACUCGUACUUGCAACAUUUUACUGCACAGUCUGUGGAACGAGGGGAGAACAUCAGAAGCAGAGGAAUUACUGCAAAAGAUGAACGAGAGAGGUUAUUGUUUAGACACUAUCACCUGCAAUAUUGUUAUUGAUGGUCUAUGUAAGAAUGGAAAGUUGGACAAAGCAAUCGAAAUUGUUAGUGGGAUGUGGACUCAUGGAAGUGCUGCUCUUGGUAAUCUUGGGAACUCUUUUAUUGGUCUGGUUGAUGACAGUAAUAAUGGAAAAAGCUGCAGACCUGAUUUAAUUACGUAUUCAACCAUAAUUAGAGGGUUAUGCAUGAAUAGGAGGCUAGAUGAAGCCAAAAAGAAGUUCUUGGAGAUGAUGGGGAAAAACUUGCAACCUGAUUCAGUGAUAUAUGAUGUUUUUAUACAUAGUUUCUGCAAACAAGGAAAGAUAUCAUCUGCAUUUCGGGUGCUGAAGGAUAUGGAAAAGAAAGGUUGCAACAAGACCCUACAAACUUAUAAUUCACUGAUCCUUGGCUUAGGAAGUAAAAAUCAAGUAUUUGAAAUAUAUGGCCUGAUGGAUGAGAUGAGAGAAAGAGGACCUGCUCCUGAUGUUUGCACUUAUAAUAAUGUGAUAAGCUGUCUCUGUGAAGGAGGGAGAACCAAAGAUGCCACUUCCCUUUUAGAUGAAAUGUUGCAAAAGGGUAUAUCUCCUAAUGUUGUUUCCUUCAGAAUAUUAAUUAAAGCAUUCUGCAAGGAAUGUAAAUUUGGAGAUGUGCAGCAGUUAUUUGAUAUUGCUUUAAGUAUAUGCGGUCACAAAGAAGCCUUAUAUAGUUUAAUGUUCAAUGAGUUACUUGCUGGUGAGGAAGUCUCAAAAGCUAAAGAGCUUUUUGAAGCUGCAUUAGACAGACAUUUUUAUGUGGGAAAUUUUCUUUAUAAAGAUCUCAUUCACAAACUUUGCAGAGAUGAAAAGUUAGAGGAUGCUAGAAGAAUUAUAUAUAACUUGAUCAAUAAAGGAUAUGAUUUUGAUCCUGCAUCAUUAAUGCCAUUGAUUGAUGGUUUGGGUAUGAAAGGAAACAAGCAUGAAGCUGAUCAACUUGCGCAAAGAAUGAUGGAAAUGGCCUCUGAAGCUAGGGUGAAAAAUAAGGUUUACCGAAGUAUGAAAGAGACAACUCGAGGAAAUCAAAGCAAGAGUAGUGGAACUGAUUGGUGGACCUUAUUGCACAGAGAUGAUGGCAGUGGAACUGCAUUAAAAACUCUUAAACGUGUAGAGAAAGGCUGGGGUCUUAAAAACAUAUCGCAUUUCCAGAUGCAAAAUGUUGAAAUUAUUGAUUACUGAAAGGAUAUCUUAGAUCUUUUAACAUCUUGGACUGGCUUGGACGGAUAGCCAAGUGUCAAGACAGCGAUAAUAUGAAUCUAAAGACAGUCAAUUGUUACUUCAGGGGCUUCUGAAGUAAUUCUAGCCAACUGUGGCAAUGGGUGUGGUUGUUAGUCACGGUACUAUGUGCAUAAGGAUAGGUGAUAAAUUCCUUCUUUUCCUUGGUUGCAGUUGUUAAAGUUUUCAAUUUAAAGACACUGUUCAGAGUUUGACAGCAAGCAAAUCAUUCGUUUGGCGUUAUGUUAUUGAUAUGCUUAGUGGGGUUUUUCAAUUCUCUUUGGGUAAAAUUCCCACUCCUUGUAUGGCUGCAGUGAUGGAAAAUGUUGCAUCAUUUUUCUUCUACAUUACUGUACAGUAGUACUGAUUCUGAAUUGGAUUCGGAGUGUAGUCAAUGUAUUAUGGAACCUAUGACACAAGAAUAUAGGAAGAGAAUGACCAUGUCCUUGUAGAAAUAUAGUUGAUUCAGUUCUGCUACAUCAAGAUGUGCGAAUAUGUACAAUUCAUCUAUUGGUAUGCUUGCAAAUUUUUGUUAGUGAAAUAUUUCCUUUCUUUCUGUGUCAUAUCACAAUAGAUUUAGCGUUUGAUAGCCUUAUCAUUGAAUAUGUUAAAUGAUAAUAUCUUUUGUCCGCAACUCUUUUUCUUGAUGACAUCAAUAAAAUGUUUUAAAUAUAAACGAUAUCCACAUUUAAGAUAUUUUACAAGCAUAAAAUGUUUCUUUUUCAAGUCUUCAUUAAUAUAUAUCUAUUUAAAUAGUUAGGUACAUGGAUCAAUUAGACACCAGAUGGUUGGCUGAUUUGACCUCCGAUUAAUCUCUUCGUACUGGUUAAAACAAACAGCUUAGAGCAUUUCUCCGUAGUGCUAGCUAACUGUAGCUUUUAGGUGGGCAAUAUGGAAUUUUAUACUAAAAAUGCACAAAUUGAAAGUGAGAACAUGAAAAGUUAAAAUCUUGACUACCAUGUAUAAUUGAAAAUUUUAAAUUUUCUGUACAAAAUAGCAAGUUUCUGUCUUUGCUAUAUAAGUCACCUAUUAAUAAUAACUUUAGAAUAUUCAUAAACUGAAGAAACAAUAAAAACUAACAUGUAUAAUGGCCACUGUGUUUAACGUUUUAUGCACCAUGUCAUUCUAAAUUUUCCUGUAAUAUAAUAUAGUAGAAUUAGUCUAUACAUGCAUAGUAUACAAAAUAAGGUUCGUUAUAUGAUUACAAAAUUGUAUCACGGCAUAUAUAGAAGUUCAUUUUUGUACAAUUUGAGUAGCCUUUGCAGUGUGUUAAGCUGUGAAUACAACGUAAAAAUUCCAUGCUGAACGACAUCAAAUGAAUUGUUCGUACAAAACAGGUGUAGCAUAUAAGACUGGUGUAUAUGAAAUGCAGUCCUAAUAUUAUG